UUUUAGUAACUAAUGUUCACCUGGUGUAACUGUAGUAUUCUUCUAGUGCAAUGUGACUUUUCUCAACCCAAAGCUUCCCACUGUCACUUGAUUACUAUCCAUCCAUUCAUCUUUCUUCUCCAGGGUAUCCUGCGGACACCAGACACCAUCCGUCGGUUCCAAAGUGUUCCAGCCCAACCAGGCCAGACAUCUCCCUUGCUCCAAUACUUUGGCAUCUUGCUGGACCAAGGUCAACUUAAUAAAUUUGAGUCUCUGGAGCUGUGCAGGCCUGUCCUCCAGCAGGGCCGCAAGCAGCUACUAGAGAAAUGGUUGAAAGAGGACAAGCUGGAGUGUUCUGAGGAGCUUGGAGACUUGGUGAAGUCUGUUGAUCCUACUCUUGCCCUCAGUGUCUACCUUAGAGCCAACGUCCCCAAUAAGGUCAUUCAGUGCUUUGCAGAGACUGGACAGUUCCAGAAGAUUGUCCUCUAUGCCAAGAAGGUGGGCUACACCCCGGACUGGAUCUUCUUGCUAAGGAAUGUAAUGCGGAUCAGUCCAGAGCAGGGCCUUCAGUUCUCCCAGAUGCUGGUUCAGGAUGAAGAGCCACUGGCUGACAUUACUCAGAUUGUUGAUGUGUUCAUGGAGUACAACCUGAUCCAGCAGUGCACGUCCUUCCUACUAGAUGCCCUGAAGAACAACAGACCCAUGGAAGGACCAUUGCAGACACGCCUGCUGGAAAUGAAUUUGGUCCACGCACCACAGGUUGCAGAUGCCAUCCUAGGCAAUCAGAUGUUCACCCACUAUGAUCGUGCUCAUGUAGCACAGCUUUGUGAGAAGGCUGGUCUCCUGCAGAGGGCACUGGAGCAUUAUACUGACCUGUAUGACAUCAAGCGCGCUGUGGUGCACACACAUCUUCUCAACCCAGAGUGGUUGGUGAAUUUCUUUGGCUCCUUGUCAGUGGAGGACUCUCUAGAGUGUCUGAGGGCCAUGCUUUCUGCAAACAUCCGCCAGAACCUGCAGAUCUGUGUCCAGGUCGCCUCCAAGUACCAUGAGCAGCUCAGUACUCAGUCUCUCACUGAACUUUUUGAGUCGUUCAAGAGCUUCGAGGGUUUGUUCUACUUCUUGGGUUCCAUUGUGAACUUCAGCCAGGAUCCAGAGGUCCACUUCAAAUAUAUCCAGGCUGCCUGUAAGACAGGCCAGAUCAAAGAGGUUGAGAGAAUCUGCCGAGAGAGUAACUGCUAUGACCCUGAACGUGUGAAGAACUUCCUCAAGGAAGCCAAGCUGACUGACCAGCUGCCUUUGAUCAUUGUGUGUGACCGCUUUGAUUUUGUGCAUGAUCUGGUCCUGUACCUGUACCGCAACAGCCUGCAGAAAUACAUUGAGAUCUAUGUGCAGAAGGUGAACCCAAGCCGUCUGCCAGUAGUCAUUGGAGGAUUACUGGAUGUGGAUUGUGCCGAGGAUGUGAUUAAGAACCUGAUAAUGGUGGUUAGAGGACAGUUCUCCACAGAUGAACUGGUGGCUGAAGUGGAGAAAAGAAAUCGACUGAAGCUGCUGCUGCCUUGGUUGGAGGCUCGUAUUCAUGAAGGUUGCGAGGAGCCUGCUACCCACAACGCCCUGGCCAAAAUCUACAUUGACAGCAAUAACAACCCUGAGCGCUUCCUAAGGGAGAACCCCUACUACGACAGCCGUGUGGUGGGCAAGUAUUGUGAGAAAAGAGACCCCCACCUGGCCUGUGUGGCCUAUGAAAGAGGACAGUGUGACCAGGAACUGAUUCAUGUGUGCAAUGAGAACUCACUGUUCAAGAGUCUGUCCCGCUACCUUGUACGUCGCAAGAACCCCGAGCUGUGGGCGAGCGUGCUGCUGGAGACCAACAAUUACAGAAGACCACUCAUUGACCAGGUUGUCCAGACAGCCUUGUCUGAGACGCAAGAUCCAGAGGAGGUAUCUGUAACAGUCAAGGCCUUCAUGACCGCCGACCUUCCCAAUGAGCUCAUCGAGCUUUUGGAGAAGAUUGUACUGGAUAACUCUGUCUUUAGUGAGCACAGAAACCUCCAGAAUCUGCUCAUCCUGACUGCCAUUAAAGCAGAUAGGACACGCGUUAUGGAGUACAUCAACCGUCUUGACAACUACGAUGCCCCAGACAUUGCGAACAUCGCCAUCAGCAAUGAGCUGUUUGAGGAGGCCUUUGCUAUUUUUAGAAAAUUUGAUGUCAAUACCUCUGCUGUGCAGGUUCUAAUUGAGCACAUCGGUAACCUGGACAGAGCUUAUGAGUUUGCUGAGCGCUGCAAUGAGCCACCAGUGUGGAGUCAGCUGGCAAAGGCUCAGCUUCAGAAGGGCCUGGUCAAGGAAGCCAUUGACUCUUACAUCAAGGCUGAUGACCCAUCUGCUUACAUGGAGGUGGGACAAGCUGCAGCCCAAAGUGGAAACUGGGAGGACCUGGUGAAGUUUCUGCAGAUGGCCCGUAAGAAGGCCCGCGAGUCGUAUGUUGAAACAGAGUUGAUCUUUGCCCUGGCCAAGACUAACCGUCUGGCUGAGCUGGAAGAGUUCAUCAACGGACCCAAUAAUGCUCACAUUCAGCAAGUGGGUGACCGUUGCUAUGAUGACAAGAUGUAUGAUGCAGCCAAACUGCUUUACAACAACGUGUCCAACUUUGGCCGCCUGGCCUCAACUCUGGUGCACCUGGGAGAGUACCAGGCAGCUGUAGAUGGAGCUCGCAAGGCUAACAGCACCCGCACCUGGAAGGAGGUGUGUUUUGCGUGUGUAGAUGGGAAAGAGUUCCGUCUUGCCCAAAUGUGUGGCCUGCAUAUUGUCGUCCAUGCCGAUGAACUGGAGGAACUCAUAAACUACUACCAGGACCGUGGUUACUUUGAGGAGCUCAUCACCAUGCUGGAGGCCGCCCUCGGGCUGGAGCGUGCUCACAUGGGUAUGUUCACUGAGCUGGCCAUCCUCUACUCCAAAUUCAAACCCCAGAAGAUGAGGGAGCACCUGGAGCUCUUCUGGUCCCGUGUCAACAUCCCAAAGGUUCUCAGGGCUGCAGAGCAGGCCCACCUCUGGGGAGAGCUGGUGUUCCUCUACGACAAGUACGAGGAAUAUGACAAUGCCAUCAUCACCAUGAUGAACCACCCAGCUGAUGCCUGGAAGGAGGGACAGUUCAAAGACAUUGUCACCAAGGUGGCCAAUGUGGAGCUGUACUACAAGGCCAUCCACUUUUAUCUUGAUUUCAAACCAUUGUUACUGAACGACCUGCUCAUUGUUCUUUCUCCGAGACUGGACCACACACGUGCUGUCAACUUCUUCAGCAAGGUGAAACAGCUGCCUCUGGUUAAACCUUACCUAAGGUCUGUACAGAAUCACAACAACAAGUCAGUAAAUGAGGCGCUGAACAAUCUCUUCAUCAUUGAGGAAGACUAUGCGGCACUGCGUACUUCCAUUGAUGCCUAUGACAACUUUGACAACAUCUCACUGGCCCUGGGCCUGGAGAAGCAUGAGUUGAUUGAGUUUAGGAGGAUCGCUGCCUACCUUUUCAAGGGCAACAACCGCUGGAAACAGAGUGUUGAGCUCUGCAAGAAGGACAAGCUCUACAAGGAUGCCAUGCAGUACGCAUCAGAGUCCAAAGACAUCGAGCUGGCAGAGGAGCUCCUGGCUUGGUUCCUGCAGGAAGACAAAAAGGAGUGUUUUGCAGCAUGCCUAUUCACCUGCUACGACCUGCUGCGGCCCGACGUGGUGCUGGAGACCGCCUGGCGACACAACAUAAUGGACUUCUCCAUGCCCUACUUCAUCCAGGUCAUGAGGGAGUAUCUCUCUAAGGUUGAUGCGAUAAAGGAAAAGGAAUGGUCCCAUCCGUCAGCCAGUGAAAAAACCCAGAGGUGGACAAACUCGAAGCCUCUGAAUCUCUGAGGAAACAGGAGGAGCAGGCUACGGAGUCUCAACCCAUUGUUUACGGCACACCCCAACUCAUGCUCACAGCAGGGCCCAACGUGGCUGUGCCUCCUCAGCAGUCAUAUGGCUACGGCUACACAGCAGCACCAGGCUACAGCCAGCCACCACAGCCCAGCUUCGGUUAUGGCAUGUGAACACCCAACAACUCAACCCCAACCACCAUCACAACUUGACACAACUUCCUUCCAUUUGUCUUUCUCUCUUUGUGUUCCUCACCAGCUUCCCAUGGUCUUCUACUCACAACAGGGGCCACAAGCAAGCAACAGCCCACUCUCCUUUGAGUACUAUUUUUUUAUUAUGUUGUCUGUUACAAGAGAAAACAUUUAACUGCAUUGAAGGACUUUUAUUUGUAUUGUUUGAAAAGAAAUUGGACCACAUGUAUGUUUGUUUGUUUUUCACAUUCCAUAUUUAUGACUACUUAUUUAGAUAUUUCUUUGUGUUUGUUAAUGUUGUCAUGUUUUGUUUUGUUUAUUGGUUUUAUGGUUUGUGCAGAAGUGGACUUGCUAAAGCUCAGCAAUGAACCUUUGAAGUAGGUGGAGGAGCAUUGGAAUUUGCACUCGUGAAGAAAUUAAUGUAGAGAAGCUCUUACUUUUGAUGUACUGAACAUGUGAACAGCUUAAAUUGUCUCGUUUGUCUGUAUAAUGCAUUUCAUCAUUGUAUAUUCUGAGGAGAAAAAAAAGUUACAUAUAAUAUUUGAACAUAUAUUGCCAUUUCAAUGGCUAUAGUUAGCAACACUAAGUGAUGAUAGUAUAUUCUGCACAAGCGUGUAGCUUUAUGGAGUUUAAAAUGCAUACAGAUGUAUGUCACUGUGUGAAUAAGGAUGUGUUUGUGUGUGUGUGUGUGCGUGUGUGUGUGUGUGUGUGUGUGUGCGCGAGUGAGUGUGACCCAAUGGUCUAAAUAAGAAUUUUAACCCCCCCCCUCUCAGCCUGUACUGGGCUGUCCAAUUCACCCUCCUAGAUGUUAGCUCUCCGUCAUUGGCUCCAUGUAUUUAGGUGACCUCUUGUGACGUGUACAGUGCUUGUGUGAGACUGUAUCUGUGUAUGUGCAAGGACGGGACCACGGCUAACAGACCCCAGGGCCCUUAACCGUACCGUGUGUGUGCAUUUACUCCUCGUGCUGAGGUCUGUGUAUGACAGGUGUUUUUUGGUGUUUCCCUUGGUCACCAUUACCCCCCCCCCCCCCCCCCCCCCCCCGUACAGAUGUGAACAUUUAAACUUUUAAAUGGAGACCCCACCCACUUGUCCUCCACCUACUCUCCUGUCCUGUUUCCUCCUUGGUUAAUGCUUGGCGGCAAGAACAAACAAGGAGGCAGAAAAAGACAGGCCGGUGGAAUCUUUGGUGUCCUACUUGACAGCUUGAUUAGAUCCAUAAACACUCCUGUAGGUUAUGUGUAUUGAUGGUUAUGAUGAAGAAAUUAGGUCUCAGUACAUCCAGUUCUUUGUCAAGAAUGGUCUGAAAUAAGAGCCUGUAUUUACGUUGAUGUACUUAACUUCCUUACACGCUUUAAGCUGUGUGUAAAGUGUCAUCCUAACUCUAACAUAAGUUGAAUUCCUUUCUGUUGUCAUGCAUAUUAGUAAUGCAGGGGAUCUGUCAUUAAUAAGUGGAAGAAUAUGACUAAACUGAAAGGGAAAUACUAGCCUAAAUAAAAACAUAAAAUUGUACCCAG